AUGGUGCACGUGAAUGGAAUACCGUUUACAAAGGACUGUCCUAAAAAUGAACAUGAUCUAAAUUGGAAACUUUUUCGUCUUCCCAAGUCGGUAAUGUCGGAAAUCUCGUCUCGUUCUACAUUUUGGAGGGCAACAUGUUCCUACUCUCUGUAUGGCGUUGAUUUUCUAGACUACAUCAGAGUGAGAUUAUCGACAAUGAAUCCCUUAACGCACAAUAACAAAUUUGGCCAGGAAAAAUGUUCAACUGUGGAUUACAUCGAUAUAAAGGGUACGAAUUGUGUAAAUUGCGCACAAAAAAUUUGGCAAAGUAGUAAUACGAUGCUCCGUCUCGUACCCAAGAGAAGUCGCCUUGAUAAAUGUAAUUUCGACACAUCAAAGGUCGAGCAUGGAUGUUACAAUGGGAACUAUGCGCGACUUCUUGGCCAAUAUGACGUGUGUUCAGACCCGAAGUACCGAUGUAGCGAGAAAAAUACGUCUACAACCGAAUUUUGGUUUGGUGCUGCAAAAGCGAUCUAUGGGAACGAGCUUGAUGCAUAA